UUUUCUCGUCACUAUCCCUCGAUUCUUCCCACUCCUUGAGCUUCAGCUUCUCAGAGGGACCUCCUCCACUCCAUAUUUAGAUUCUUCAUAGUUCAACCAUGGCGCCCUACGACUACGAAGACGCUGCCGCUGACUACGAAGAGUCAACUGGUUCUCACCGCCACUCCGCCGCAGCACAAUCUGCUGGGCAAGACCUCGGAUACGACCCGAAUUUUGUCCCCGACUCUGUGAAGUCCUUCGUGGUCCAUCUUUAUCGCCACAUCCGCGAGAAAAAUGUGUACGAGAUUCACCAGAUGUACGAGACUUCAUUCCAAACCUUGUCCGAGAGGCUCUUUAAAGAUACUCCAUGGCCGUCGGUGGACGCCGUGUCCCCUUACGUCGACAACGAUCACGUCUUCUGCCUCCUCUACCGGGAGAUGUGGUUCCGUCAUCUGUACGCGAGGCUGACUCCAACGCUUAAGCAGCGGAUCGACUCUUGGGACAAUUACAUUAGCCUGUUUCAGGUGGUGCUACAUGGCGUCGUCAAUAUGCAGCUGCCGAACCAGUGGUUGUGGGAUAUGGUGGACGAGUUCGUCUACCAGUUCCAGAGCUUCUGCCAGUACAGGGCCAAGAUGAAGAACAAGACAGAGCAGGAGAUUGAACUUCUGAGACAGUUCGAUCAGGCAUGGAAUGUGUACGGUGUGCUCAACUUUUUGCAAGCACUUGUGGAGAAAUCUACGAUUACUCAGAUUCUCGAGCGAGAGAAGGAAGGGCUUGAACAAUUUACUUCUACUGAUGGAUACGAUUACAAUGGGGGGAGUAAUGUCUUGAAGGUGUUGGGGUAUUUUAGCAUGGUCGGACUACUGCGAGUUCACUGUUUACUCGGUGAUUAUCAUACUGGUCUGAAACGCUUACUUCCGAUUGACAUAACUCAGCAAGGCAUUUACACCAUUGUUAUUGGAAGCCACAUAACCACCAUUUAUCAUUAUGGUUUUGCCAAUCUUAUGUUGAGGAGGUACACAGAUGCAAUUCGUGAAUUCAACAAGAUUCUUUUGUACAUCUACAAAACCAAGCAAUUCCAUCAGAAAUCUCCGCAGUAUGAGCAGAUACUGAAAAAGAAUGAACAGAUGUAUGCCUUGUUGGCAAUUGCCCUUUCACUUUGUCCCCAGGUAAAGCUUGUUGAGGAAACUGUGAACUCUCAAUUGAGGGAGAAGUAUGGUGAAAAAAUGAUUAGAAUGCAAAGAUACGAUGACGAGGCAUUUGCUAUCUAUGAUGAGCUUUUCUCGUAUGCGUGCCCAAAGUUCAUUACUCCAUCAGCUCCAAGUUUUGAGGAGCCGCUUGUAAAUUACAACCAGGAUGCCUAUAGACUUCAGUUAAAAUUGUUUCUGUAUGAGGUAAAGCAGCAACAGUUGUUAUCAGGUGUCCGUACAUUCUUAAAUGUUUAUUCAACCAUCUCUCUUGGAAAACUUGCGAGCUACAUGGAAGUGGAUGAACCCACUUUGAGGACUAUCUUGAUGACAUACAAGCACAAGACACAUGCUGUUGACAGUGAUGGAAGAGUCAUCUCUAAUGCUGAUGUGGAUUUCUACAUUGAUGAUGACAUGAUAUACGUGGUGGAAUCAAAACCAGCAAAGAGAUACGGGGAUUACUUCUUGCGUCAGAUUGUCAAGCUUGAGGGGGUGAUCAAUGAUAUGGACAGGAUAAAGCUGGAAUGAGUCAAUUGUGUUAACCUUUCUGAUGCCAUUUUCUCGUUUUGACUUCGAUUAUGAUGUUUUUGGUUUAGUAGUUUUUUUUUCUUUUUUAUUUGUGGGUCCUUUUAAUUUAUCUUUUUUUUUUUCACCCACCUACUCGUUACAUGUCAUCAAUGGUAGUAGUUGGCAAACCUUACAAGAGAGUAAUCUGUGUUAUUGUUAUGUGCCCAACCUGCAAUUUUGCUAGUGAAGUUGAUAAUAUUUGGGAGUGUUGUCUUA